UGAGCGCGAGCGGACCGCUCUCGAGAACAAUAACCCUAAUUAGGGAUAACCCCGUUACUAAUUCGCCAUCAUGUCGAAGAACUGCAUGAUAACGUUCGACCAGAAUGAGCACGGCACCUACUUCACCGGCCAAGUGAUAACCGGCAAGGUGAUCGUCAAUCUAAACAAGACCAAGAAACUGCGCGGAAUAAAGCUGCAGAUCAGUGGCUACGCUCAGGCACAGUGGAGACUCCGCAGACAUGGCCGGGCGGUGGCCAUCCAAAAUUCCAAGAAGCGAUCGAGAAACCAGUACAGCGGUCGGGAGGACUACAUAUCCUCCACCACUUACCUAAUGGGCUCCGAGCAGGGCAGUAACUUCAGCAUGGACGCUGGCACGUACACCUACACUUUUGCCUGCCCCAUUCCCAGCCACUGCCCCUCGUCCUUUGAAGGUGCCUACGGACACAUCCGGUACCUGGCCAAGGUCACCUUCCUCAAGCCGGGCGCCUCCAACCGCACCCACAACGUGGGCUUCACGGUGCUGAAGCUCCUCGACCUCAACCAGGAAAGCAAGAUGCUCCGCGAGCCGGCCAGCAACGAGGCCGUGGAAUACUUCUGCCUGAUGCACACGAAGCCCGUGGAGCUGAAGGUUACUCUGCAGCAACAGGGCUAUGUGCCGGGCCAGUUUAUGCUGGUCCACGCCCAGGUGCGCAACGGGUCCAGCUCAGAUUGCCGGAAGCUGCUGAUCAUGCUGCACCUGCGGGCCACAUACACGGCGGACCAGCCGUCGCUGCGCACCACCUCCGAGAAGAUAAUGCUGGUGAAGCGCGAGUGCGGCCCGGUGCCUCACAACGGGCAGAGAACCUAUACGGAGUCCCUGAGGAUUCCGGCCACUGCACCCACCUGCGAACACUUGAGCAAGGUGGUGCGGGUAUCCUACGAAGUGCGGGUGGUGGCUGUGAUGAACUGGCUGAUGGCCAAUCCGCGGCUGGUCAUCCCCAUAACCAUUGGCAACGUACCGCUGGCCACUGGGGCCUCGGGCCCGGACUUCCUGCCAACCAACGCCUUUGCCGUCGGAAGCGGAAGCCCGCUGCCCACCCAUUUGCCCUGCACCUCCACACGAGCCAUGGAACUGGCCCAGAUGUCCAGCAGCGGGGUCAACAACUCCGGCUACGAGGUGAGCGAGGAUCUUGAAGACUUUGAGCUGCCGGAGGACGGAGACGAUGAGUUGGAGGCGACCGACGAGUUCGUGCCAGAUUUACCUCCCCCGACGUACGAGCAAGCCAUGUUCAUGACCGCCGAUAUUGCGGACACGGACGCGAACACCGUCAGCGAGUCCUCCCACUUUACACCCCGCUACCCGGUCUUCGAUGUGGACACCUUUCAAAACCCGCCGCCGAAUCCUCCGCAAAAGAAGAGGCGCCGCCGCCGCAGACGACCCGCCGAUCCUGGACAGUCGAAGCAGCGUCCGGAGAAACAGCCCGUGGAGUCACCCGUGCAAAUCUGAGGGACCUUAUCGCUUAAAAUCACGACUAUAUCUUAUCUCGGCAGUAUUUAUUUCUUUUUCGGUUCGCCAGUGUACUAACCAACAUGCUAAUAUAUAUAUAUAUAUGUACAUAUGUAUACCUACGCAAUGGUAAAUAAACAAACAAGAAUAUAA